AUAGGUUAUGGCAGUGAUCAGGAUACUGGUAUGGAAUAUGGGGUGAUCAGGAUGCUGGUAUGGCGUAUGGGGUGAUCUGGAUGCUGGUAUGGGGUUAUGGCAGUGAUCAGGAUACUGGUAUGGAAUAUGGGGUGAUCAGGAUGCUGGUAUGGGUUAUGGCAGUGAUCAGGAUACUGGUAUGGCGUAUGGGGGUGAUCAGGAUGCUGGUAUGGGGUAUAGUGGUGAUCAGGGCAUAGUGUAUGGCGUUGAUCAGGGUGCUGGUAUGGCAUAUGGUGGUGAUCAGGGUGUUGGUAUGG